AAUGGUCCAUCUCGACCAAGACCGUAUUCUUAUCAUGAAUCAAGCUACAGUAAGUUGUUAAUUUUUUGAAAAAAAUUUUCAAGUUAGGCUGCCGUGUGUGAUAAUAUAAGAUUUUUAUUGGUUAUUGCCGAGUACUUGAGCAGCUACUAACUUAUGACUCCUGCGGCCGGUUGUUUAAAUUGGUUUUAACUCUGAGUUACAAAAGUAAAACUUACAGUAACCUGUUGUUUUGGUUUGUGUAUUUUUGCAUGUCUGCAUGUUUAUUUCAAAACUUUACAAAAAAGACUUCUGACAUCAUUUCUGGAAAAAAUAUUUUGAUGUUUAUAAAGAGGCUGUUCGCAAGAUUGCACACACGUGUUUCGUUAACCGAAGAUUGCAACAUGAGCUCCACCUUUGAAUUUACUAUACGAGUAAAUUCUUAAACACGUCCGAAUUUAUCAUUAUGAUAGAAGAUUAAGCUAAUCGACUGUCGAGCAACCUGCCCCAGGAAGUACCAGACCGUAAACCAGGUUUCCAUAUGGUCGUAAAGAUGGAGCCACGAUCUUUCUCAACGGCCAGAUUAUAAUAGUUUUUACCCGUAAACCACAUAUAAAUCAUAUAAGAUAUUCUUUAUUUAUAAUCACCCUGCCUAUUCUUAGUUCUAAACUGCUGUAUUUCGGCUGUUGAGAAAGAUCGUGACUCAAUCAUAUGGAAAUAGGCUUUAAAGCUACAUUUACACGCUGCGUUUUGUUGUAUACGAUUAUUAUUUCGGCGUUUACUGUAUUUGUACAGUGGUUGCAUUUCAAAUUUUGCCGGAUACUAAAUGAGAAUAGGAAUUAUGAUAUCAGCAGUAGUUUCAAUACACCAGAAUGACAAUCGUGACAAAUAACCCUAACAAACCCUAACUAUUUGUCCAGUUAACAGACGUCCUGUUCAAAUAUAACUUUAAUAACCCCUGCACCAUCCGUAAAGACGAGUAAAGUUUCUUUGACAAGUUUUCAGUGACAAGACAGUACAUCCUUAGUUGUACUGUUAGUUAUCCUGUUAUUCAAGUUAGUCACGCUGUCUUUUGAACGAGGAAACCUUUCUCGUCUGUAUACGAGGCUUAUCCGUGGUGUUCUAUAACUACAGUCAGUGGUACAAGUAAUAAACGGCGGAAUUUUCACUUUUUCAGAUACUAGCUAUGAGGAAACGUCCCAGACAACAACAGUUGCAUCGGUAUGGACAAUUCGUCAUGUUGUGUAUUGUAUUGUAACAGUUUGCUCUUUCUAACAUUCACAGAAGGUGAAGUGGUUAGCGCACUUGCCUUUCUCCUCUAAGGUCACAGGUUCAAAUCUCAAUGAGAACAUCUCAAUGUGACUCGAACCCAGUCCUCAUGUGAAAAGAGUAAAAGUCAACGCUCUGCCGAAAGUCGUGGGUUUUCUCCGGUUUCCUCCCACAGGGAAAGUUGACAGGGUGGGUUAAACACGUAGGUUAGAUCAUUAAUGAGGUAUGGACUAAUAGCGGCUGCUUAAAGCGCCAUUUGUAAGCUCACAGUCUAGCUCGGUCUGCUUGACGUCAGUUCCGGUUCUGUCUAUCUAUCUGUCUAUUCACAAUGUAACCAGUCCCUGAAAAACCCUGAUAGGAGUGUGCUGUGCAACAUCUGUAUAGAAGGUUCAAUAAAGCAGGGGGGCGUGUGUUUCAAUCUCAUUUAAUUUUUGACGAUAUUUUAUGCCAUCAAAGUUUGCUAAAGCAUUGUCAAACUUUGAGAAAACCUUUUUCGUCAAAGGUUUAUACCAGUGGCACACACAAGAUGGGGGAACCUUUCAACAACCCCUCCAAUGGUAGAAAAACUAUUACCAAUGCAAGACAUUAAAAAAACGCCUUUUUAUAUUGCAAUCACCUGAGGAUAUUAUUUUGUCAUGCUACAUAAUAUGGCAUUUUGGGUGACAGUAUUAAUGGUUAGCACCUCGAACACUAUAGAUAGAUAGAUACUUUAUUUCACGAGGGUAGCACUAAAUAGCCCGAGGCUAAUAAACUUGUGGCCCUCAAUAGCGGAAAUGCCUAUCUGAUUUCGCCAGAAAGUAGUCACAUUGAAUUCUCAAACAAAAGCAAUACAAAACUACUUUACUUUAUGUGUUGUGACGUCAUUUGCACGGGCUGGAUGAGGCAUCAACUAUUUCGCUGACCUCAGAAUGACAUUUCGUCAAAAUUUUUUUCUUAAAGAUAAGUUUAGAAACAAACUUGGAGUAGGGUUAGGGUUAGGAUUAGGGUAAGAGUUGGUGUUUGGAGUAGGGUUAGUGUUAGUAAAUCCAUUGCCUUGUUACGUUUUGUCACGCUGAGGCCAGCGAAAUAAUCUCUUCUGCUGGAUGAUGUCAAUUCACACCCCAGUAUUUUGCCAAGUGUCAGGGACUGGUCUAUCCUUGAUAAAACUGUACAUUGUUUGAAGAAACUUCGGUGAUACACAUCUCCCAGUUUGUCAACAAGAUGUGCUCGCAGUGCUUGUUUCCAGUUGUUGAUAAGUCUGGAACAAGUUAUUAUCAUCUUGUAACAAGGUUGAGGAGGCUAACAGAUUUGAAACAAGUUGUUCCAACAAGUGUGAUAUAGUCUGCACGUAACAAGUUGUUCACAAGUUGAUGACAACAGGCUCGUAGCAACUUGUUUCGUACAGCCUGUAUUAAUCUUGUUGUAACAACUUACGGCAAGUCCGUUACCGUCAUCAACAUUGUGUAACAAGGUGAUAGCAACUUUUCCAGACCUGUCACAUCAACUGGGAACAAGAUGUGCGAACACAUCCUUGUUACACUUGUUUGCAAAUCUGUAACACUUUUACGUGUGUUACUAUUCUUAUUCGAUUUAGUGAGCGUGAUAUUUUUUAUAUACCAUAGGGUGGGGAUCAGAAGUUCAAGACAAGCGUACAGUUGAAAAUUGGCAAGAGUACGGAUGACAGCUCAAUCGGUAGAACGAGUGGCGCUAGAACGCCACCAGCAAAGUCUCCAACUGGAGAAUUCAAGGUUGAUAGUAUACCUCUUUUUUAUUAACACUUCGAUCUACGGUUUCUCGAACCCCGGGAGCGAUUUGAAGUUUUGCCGAAUAUUUAACAAUUAUUCGCCGAAGGCGAGGUGAUUAUCGGGGAAUAUUCGCCGAGACGAAGUCGAGGUGAAUAUUCCCCGAUAAUCACCGAGCCUGAGGCGAAUAAUUGUCUUAGUAUUUUUGCAAGUUUUUUUGUGUUUUUCUGGUCUGAAUUCAUUUUAAUUUCGCUUAUUUCUUUAUCACUAACUUCAACAAAACGGCUAGCCGCCAUUUUGAAAAUUUCGAUUUUGUUAUUCACCUGUAGGUGAAUAUAACAGAUAUGUUCACUUGUGCAAAAAUACUAAAAAUAAAAUAACGAAUCGUCGCUGUUGAUGUCAGGAAAUCAGGGAUAUUUUCAAGCACUUUAGUCUACUACCGUUUUUCAGAAGAUUGAGUUUCUUUUGGGGGGAGGACGUUAAAAAAAUUUGUGUUCAGGGGCGCACAUUCCAAAAUAUUUUGGAGGGGUGUAAAAUAUUUCGGGACCAACUUUUUACAUGUUUACAUUUUGGAAGUGGGAGUUACACGAGGCGCCACCAUGGUUGUCGCCGAGCAGAAAAACUUGUUGAACUAUUUCUCAAAAUAGAUAAUGUGCGACCCUGUUUGCGGUACACAUUUCUAGUGUGCAUGGGCAUGAGUAUUCCUCUACGAGAUUUUGUGUCUCAGAAGUGAAACAGUUUUCGACAGCUUUUUGAACAAAAUUAUAUAGAAAAACAGGUUUUUAAUGGAACAUUUACGUUAAAAAAAAUCAAAUUGUGAAAAAAAUCAUUGUGGAGGAAGAUUGAGUUUCAAAACUCAAUUGAAGAUCGAGUAUUUACUACCGUAUACCGGUAGUAGAAAAGUGCUUGAAAAUACGGUAAAUACCCCUGGAAAUGACGCUUACCUCGUAUUGUUCAAAUAUCCUUAAACUUAAAUUCCUUUAAAAACGUACUAUACUGUUCUUUUACUUGAAUGUAUUAAUUCCGGAUACUUGCUUUCAUUUCCAAAUGUUUAUAUCGGAAUUUAAUUUAAAGGCGCAGUUGGCAGCCUUUUGAAUGAUGAUUUUUAAGGCGCAUUACAACCCUUUUAAUUUAAAAAGCUAACUAUAUACAGAGGAAAAUCAAUUAAGCAUAAUUCAAUAAAGCUCUGAAAUUCGCGAACCGCGUGACUCUACAGGCUCACCUCCACCCACUGCCUCCCACCUUGUCGUCCUGAAAACUGUAGCAGCUCUACUCCGUGUGCAAGCUGAGAAAUUACUUCCCGGUUUCCACCACUUGGUCAAGCAGUACUGAUUUCUGCUUACAUGGACAUGGUGCAGAUUAGAAAAUGGGAAAUUUAGAAUCAUCUAAUGUAUGUCUGGCGAUGUUUGCUGAUAUAUGUGUUAAAUUUUUGUAAUUACAGAUUUUCCAGUACCGGGAGCUCAAGGUGGAUAACUAUCGCUCGCCAAGAGGAGUUGAUAAACAGAACCUUGAGGUAAAAGUUUGAAUUUUUUCGCGCAAACAUUAGUGUGUGUGGCCAGCGCGUGAUGCGAAAAUUUGUGGGGCUAAUGGACAUUGUUAAUAGAAUGGACCUUUCCCCUUAUAACUAAAAUUUCGAUCUAGACAAAAAUUUCAUCACAGCUUGAAAGAGCAUCACAAAAUUUGUAAUAUUCCAAAGUUUUGUUGCAAAAUCUUGUAAAAUGCGGAUAAUAUAGCCUUGCGAAGUUUGCCGUUUUUUAGUCAUUUUGUAUUACAAACGGGAAAUUGACAUCCGAUUCGGGUGUUGGGCCUGCAAUUUCCCGUUUGUAAUGCAAAAUGACUGAAAAUUGCAAACUUCGCAAGGCUCUAUUUUCCUCAUUGUGAUGCUCUUUCAAGCUGUGAUGAAAUAUUUGUCUAGACUUGCCUCGAUCAGAAUUUUGGUUAUAAGGGGAAAGGUCUAUUGUUGAUUAAAUUGUGGUUAAAUUUGGAUGAAAAUUGAAUGAGACAUUAGCAACAGUUUGUUUUGCUUUGCUGGACAGAGUGUACUGAAUGCAUUGUCCAGUGUAUAAUUGAUGCAUGAUAGUACCCAACUUAGGGACCGGUCAUUAUUUCGGGGAGGGGGGGGGGGGGCCCCGGGGGGAAAUGUUUUUCUUGGUAAAAUGUUUGUUGGCAAAAUGGUGGAAAUUUUUUCUUAAAAUUUUCCUCAUCCAACCAUCAAAAACAUUUUUACCCGACCUCGAAUAUAUAUAUAUAUAUAUAUAUAUAUCGACCGCAAAUAUCAAUUAAAAACUAAAUACCCACCCCUGGCUAAAAACAUUACAAAAGAAUACCGUUAAGUUGUCACACAUAUCCCUUGACCACUUCUGUGACAAGUUUGAUAACCGCUUGUUCAAUUUUUCAUGUUGUCUGCACAUGCACUUUCUUUGGAGAUACCAUUUGCUUCCUGACAAAUCGGAAAAUGAUCAAGAUAGUGACUCGGAUUGAACAUAUAUUGUAUUGACAUAUGACUGUUGACACUGAUUUUUAGUCUUUAGAUUUCUAGUCGAGUGAGUCAUGCUUUGGAAAUGACAAUAAAGUUCAUUUAUCCAACAUUUUACUCACUCAAAAUUUUGUUUAUCCAACCCUUUUCUCUUCAGUGCCACCCAUAAACAAUGACCAACCCCUUAAUUCGCUGGCAGUCGUGUCCAGCCUCUGAGUGUUCUCUAGUUUAUGUUGUUUUCGUCGCAACACGCCAAGAGUUUACGUUCUCUUAUUUCAUAGAAACAUCUAAAUGAUGAAGAUUUUCGCGAGAUUUUUAAGAUGACGCGAAAUGAGUUUUAUGAAUUGCCAAAAUGGAAACAGAUUGAUCACAAGAAGAAAGCUAAGUUGUUUUGA